AUGUAUAUGGAGCUUGUGGACUUCCUGCAACAGCGUGUGAGCCUGGUGGCAGAGGAGAGCCUUCGUGAUGCUACACACUUGGGCACACAUCUGGAGCAGGUCAGCUCAGAGCUGCAGUGUCUGCAGAGUUCUGAGGUGCAGCUGGAGAGCCUGGUGGAAGAGCUGCACGCUGAGGCCCGGCACAGAGCUACACUGAUAGAGAGCCUCCAGGCAGAGCUGCACAGUAAGACAGUGGAGUUGGAGGAGCAACAAAACAGCAACAAAACACAGGCUGAGGAGCUGAGAGAGUUACAUGACGCCUACCAGAGGAAGGUGAGAGAGCUCCAGCAGCAGGACCAGGGGAGCCUGAGGAAACUGCAGGAUACAGCAGAGCAGUUUGAGUGCCUUUGUCACCAGCAGCGCCACUGGAUGUGCUGUGUCAAAAGAUUCAAAGACUCCCUUACAGAGGAGAAGAAGGCUCUGGUGCAACAAGUCAGCACCCUGGAGAAGAGGGUGGCCGAGCUGAGGAUGAGUUCCCGGGGCAGCUGCCCCACAAAGGUGCGGGAUACAGACCGAGAACGCUUCGACAGAAUCCUCCCUUUGUGGGAUACAGAUGCGAUAGCUGGCCUGCAGUCCAAGAUGGAUAAGCUGGGAGGACAAUAUGAGGAGCUCUUCGGCCAGCUAAUGUCAGUGGAUAAGGCAAGGAGAGCUGUCGAUGGAUACCAAAAACCCCCUUGAGGUUUCGGGACAUGAGAUCCAACUCCUUCAUCCAGCCAGAAGAUGAAUGGUGGCUUGGUGGCAUACUUCCCAUUGUGGAAAAACCAUACAGUUCUAGAAAAACAUAUGUGCAAAAACCCCAUACAGUUCCCAUUGUUUGUCCACUACUGUUUACCUGUCUUGAAAGAAUGCACU